UCCUCUGCUCUACGGGGCUAAGGAACCGAACUCGGCAGGCCUACUCUGGAGACGAAGAUUAUGAUCCUUUCUGGCAAAGGUUGGAGAUCUGAGUUGGGUGGGAGUUAGAACUAGAGCUCUCCUCUCCCUCCCUCCCCUUGAAGGAACAUGGACGGUCCCCAGGACGCGCCUAGGCCCAGAUCCAGGGCGGGAAGCCCCCCUGGCAGCCGGACUUCCCCAUUGCCUCCUUUUUCUGCCAUGGUGGGGUUGUUGCUUCACCUCUUUGUCUAUGUCGUUGUUCUGCUUUAUAGUUAUGCUGAAGAACUGUUUGCUGGCAAGAGUGAAGAUGAGGGGAAGAAGCCUGGAGCAGCCCAACAAGGAGAGAGUAGUAACCCAGAAGAAGGGGCACUCAGAAAUUGUGGCCCUAGCCCACCAGCAAUUCACCCGGAGAGGCUCGAGGCCUUUGGGGAAGAGGGGGACUCCCUGAAUGGGGGUAUUAGGACUCGGGAGAUGAAGAUCAUGGGCCAGAGAGAGGAGCUCCUCAGAGGUGCCCCAGACCUGAGCAGGAUGACAGAAAAACGAUCCCGGCACAAGAUGAUCCGCUAUGAGGACAUAAAUGCAGCACGCCUCCAGAUCCAGAUGAGAAUCCAGAAAACCCCAUGCACAUAUUCUAGACUGUCCAAGCGAUAUGGUAUGGACAUCUAUCUGAAGAAGGAAUUCCUCCAGUAUACAGGGUCGGUGAAGGAGAGAGGGGUGCUGUGUCUUCUGACAUCUCUCCAUCAGGACCAGCAGAGGAAGGGCGUGAUCGUGGCCACGGACAGCAACUUCGCCAUGGCAGUGGCCCACCACGCCACCGAGCUCCACAUCCCAGUGUUCGUCAUCAUGCCCACCGACACCUCGCCGGCCCGGGUGAAGAUGUGCCGGGACUAUGGGGCGAUGGUCAUCGCCUUUGGCAGGACGGUGGAGGAUUCCCAGGGUCAUGCCCAGACGCUGGCCCGGAAGAAUGGCUAUCUCUAUCUGGAGGAGGAGGACAGCAAUGCGUUCCUCUCUGGGCUGGGGACGGUGGGCCUUGAAAUCUUUGAGCAGGUGCCCCAGCUGGAAGCGGUGGUGUUCCCUGCCGGAGGGCACUGCGGGCUGCUGGCCGGAUCCGCGGCGGCCCUCAAACACCUCAACCCCCACAUAUCUGUGAUUGGUGUGGAAGCUGAGCGUUUUCCCAUCCCGCAGCAGUACCUAAAGACAGGUCAUCCCAUUGAAGGGCAGGCCUGCUGCAGCCGUGAUUUCUACCGAGAUCCGAGCGGCCCUUGCUUUGGCGACAGCGCGCCGGAGUUGGCCCGGCGGCUGACGGACAAGAUGGUCACCGUCUCGGAAGAAGACAUCCUGUUAGCCAUGCUGAGACUGCUGGAAUAUGAGAGAGCCACGGUGGACGCGGAAGGGGCCGUCGGCCUGGCUGCUCUGGUGGCUGGAAAACUGCCAGAGUUCAAGGGGAAACGGGUGGCUGUCACCGUGUGCAGCGCAAACGUGGAGCUGCCCCUGCUGCGGCAGUGCUUGGACCGAGCCUUGACCCUGGACGCCAGGAAGUGCAAGUUCUCCGUGCGGAUGGCCGACAGUCCCGGGGACCUUUCCAAACUGCUGGAGCUGCUUGCCCGGGAAGAAGCCAGGUUGUUGGAUCUCCAACAGGAACGCGCAUUUGUGACCUCUGAGCUUUUCGCUACCAAGGUGACCUGCGUUGCCGAGACCAGAGACAAGCAACACACGGCCCGCAUCCACAGCCUCUUGCAGCAACGCUACCCGACGCUCGUCUGGAAGGAGCGGUGACCGGACCUGAGCCAAGAGGCAACCCUCAAGCCCAAUCACGGGCCCCUCCGCCACCUCUUCAGCCCCCUCCCCGCAUGGAGUAGGAUUUGGCAUCCAAAGAGCCAGGCCGUAUCCGCGUGGCUCAGUGGAAGAGCCCGGGCUUUGGAGUCAGAGGUCGUGGGUUCAAAU